CUUCCGUUCGCAACUGGCCACCCCACACGGGCCAUUUUGGAUCUAAGUUCAAUCCAUUCUAGCGUGGGGUUUCUGCUGUUGCGGAGCCAAAAUGGCGGAGUGUGCAGCUGCCGCUUUGGUGUAUUCAAACAGAUUUGAGCGCAAGAUGGCGGCUUCAGUGGAAGACGAGUUUGAGGAUGCGCCUGAUGUAGAGCCUUUAGAGCCGACAUUAAAGAAUAUUAUAGAGCAGAAAUCACUCAAAUGGAUAUUUGUGGGUGGUAAAGGUGGCGUGGGCAAGACAACAUGCAGCUGCAGUCUGGCGGUUCAGUUAGCGGCGGUGCGAGAGAGUGUCCUCAUCAUAUCCACAGAUCCAGCACACAACAUCUCAGAUGCCUUCGACCAGAAGUUCUCCAAGGUGCCCACCAAAGUCAAGGGCUACGACAACCUCUUUGCCAUGGAGAUCGACCCCAGUCUGGGUGUGGCGGAGCUCCCCGAUGAGUUCUUCGAGGAGGACAACAUGCUCAGUAUGGGGAAGAAGAUGAUGCAGGAAGCCAUGAGCGCUUUUCCCGGCAUCGACGAGGCCAUGAGCUACGCAGAGGUCAUGAGGUUAGUGAAAGGCAUGAAUUUUUCGGUGGUGGUGUUUGACACGGCCCCUACGGGACACACUCUGCGUCUGCUCAACUUCCCCACCAUCGUGGAGAGAGGACUGGGCCGCCUCAUGCAGAUCAAGAACCAGAUCAGCCCCUUCAUCUCACAGAUGUGUAACAUGUUGGGCCUGGGAGACAUGAAUGCAGAUCAGCUGGCGUCUAAACUGGAGGAGACGCUCCCCGUCAUCCGCUCAGUCAGCGAGCAGUUUAAGGACCCGGAGCAGACGACGUUUAUCUGCGUGUGCAUCGCAGAGUUCCUGUCUCUGUAUGAGACGGAGCGUUUGAUUCAGGAGCUGGCCAAGUGUCGCAUCGACACGCAUAACAUUAUCGUCAACCAGCUGGUUUUCCCUGACAGCGAAGGGCCCUGCAAGAUGUGUGAAGCCCGACACAAGAUUCAGUCCAAGUAUCUGGACCAGAUGGAGGAUUUAUAUGAAGAUUUCCACAUAGUAAAGUUGCCUUUGCUGCCUCACGAGGUUCGAGGAGCGGACAAGGUCAAUACUUUCUCCAAGCAGCUGCUGGAGCCCUACAGCCCGCCCAAGAAGUGACUGAAAUGAUUUCCACGGAUCAAACACACACCAUCACAUCCCUCGUCCCUGAUGCACGCAUCCCUCUGGUGUUUACAUCUCCACACCUUUACUCCCCCCCCCCCUCUCGCUGUCUCUCUCCUCUCUCUGGUUUUCUGGUCAUGUCACAACUGAUGCCGCCAUGUUGCUCCAGUGAUCCGUUAUGAAUGUCGGCUGAGAGUUAAACAGCCCGUUUAGAAACAAAGUCUUGAUGGUUUAUGUUGCUUUGUGAUGAUGUAUUUAAGCUUCAGAAACACUCAUUCCGGAUGCGUGUUUAAGAAAGGAGAUUCAUAUUGAUAUCACCACAGGAAUGUACAGCUGGACUCUGAUUCAGUGGUUGAACAUGAGUAGUAUCUUUUGUUUCAGAUUCUGGUCAAUAUUAAUAGACUUUAUUUUGGUUCCUGAUCUGGGCUGCGUUUCCCAAAAGCAUCGUAAGCCUAAGUACAUCAUAGACUCAUUGCGACCAAUGGAGCUACAAUCAACUUAGGCUUACGAUGCUUUUGGGAAAGGCAGCCCUGGUCAGUAUUGAUGUUCAAGGAGAAGGUGGGGGGGGGGGAUGCAUAUUUAAUGAGUUAAAGGGAUAGGUCACCCCCUAAAAUAUUGUCAUUUUUUUACUCACUCUCAUGCUGUUCCAAACCUUUGACUUUUAAUGCAAUUCAAAAUUCUCUUUGUGUUCAUGCAAAAAUAACAAACAACAUACAAGCUUGUAAAAACAAGGGUGAGUAAAUUUUUGGGUGAACUAUGCCUUUAAACUUAUUCUUAAUCGACUAAUAUUUGCAGUGAACCAAAUGUAAUUACUGUGUACAAACAUUGUGAUUCAAUUUAUCUAAUUUAAUUUUUGCAGUUAAAGCGAUGCAUUUAUAUAGAUUUCCGUUCACGUAGUCUAUAGCAUUUAUUUGAGAGAUGUCUGUUUCUGGUUCUGGGUUGUGAAGCAUAUGUAGAUGCGUUGUUCUUCCUCUCACUUCUGUUCUUCUUAUCAUUUGGCAGUAAUGUCUGCAUGCAUCAAAACACAGGAAUGCACACACACAGGAUCAGAAGCUUGUUUAAAUCCACUGAAAAAACACUGCAACCUGUCAGCCGAGAUGACUAUUAGACCAUACUAUACCGUGCUGGUUAAGUGUGUUUUCCUUCUUUUAUCAUCCUGUGGUUUCAUGGCGUGAAGCAGUGGCCUCCUUAGUUAAUGAAAACCAGUGACAAGAACUCACAAACCCGACAGUAUAUCAGAAGAUUUGCAUCUUUUAUCAGUUCUUAGUCGGUUUUGCUAAAGUUUCUUUGUUCUCUUAUAACUUGUUACUGCCUUUGCAAAGUUGGCUUCU